UACAGGAUUAACUUAUUCACAACCAAUUAAAGGUUGACAUUUCAGAUUACCCGCAGGUAAUGUUAAUAACAAGGUUCUUUAAACUAUUUCGAUUAUCUCUUUAUCAGAAAAUGGUGCAAACUAUUAUAUUUAAACGCAUUUAGUUUUCCAGCAUACUUCUCAGGUAGAAGGAUCUUCUUGGCUUCUUCUUCUAUUGGUGCCUCUCCAUUACUGGUGGUUUACGACAUUCUCGUGAAACUUAGUAAUAAUAUAGUAAUCAAGUUGGUAGUGUGUAUAACUAAACCGUUACAAUAUAUUUUUUUUAAUUUUUUUCCGUAAAAGGUUUGCAAUAUCCGAGUUAAGAUAAUUGUUUUGCAAUAUACAUGGCGUAUUCUAUAAUUAUUUGUAAAGACCGCAAUUUUCCGUAAUUUCAAUAUCAUUGAAGUGCUUGCCGUGAACUUAACCAAUUGAAAAUUUAUUUUUUAUUAUCUGACGCACAGAAUCAGAGCGCGUUUUGCUAAUUAAUAUCAGUGAUAUUUUACAUCGAGAAAAUGUUUUAUUUAAAUUAUAUUAUUAUGUUAAAGUGAACGAAUUAAUGAAUAGAAUAUCAAUGAGAUUUAUAUAAUAGUAUUAAUAGUCUAUAGUGUUAAGACAAUCCCACCUUACAAACACAAAGCAACCAGACCCUACAAUUAAGCCAGCCGGCAUAUAUAAGGCAAGAUUUAUCUCCACUCGGUCAAUAAUGUUCUUAUUACAUACAGAAAUAGCGCAUAUUUAUAUGACAGCGUAACUAUUCAGGUAAGAGAACAAUAAGCUAUUGUAACGUUUUAUUUCACAUUAUAUAAUGACACACUUGUGAUUACUUAGAGAAAUGAUAAAAUUAAGAAGAAUCCUGAUAGCAUUGAUGGCGGUAGCCAUCUCAGAAGCCCAUUUUCCGACGCUACCAAUUCGAAUCUCCAGUGGCCUUCUUCGUGGUACUGUUGCUCUGGAUAAUUCGCAUGUUAGAUAUCACGGUAUACCUUACGCUAUCGCUAAUAGAUUUGAGAGUCCAAAACCAGCACCGAAAUGGGAAGGUAUUCUAGAUGCUAUCAAUGAAUUCAGUCGAUGUCCACAACGAUUUUUAAAUUUUGUUAUAGGAAAUGAGGACUGUCUUACUCUUAAUGUUUACGCUCCAAUAAAGCGAAGGAAUCGGCCUUACCCCGUGAUGGUAUUUAUACACGGCGGAGGCUUUAGAGAUGGAUCUGGAUCACCUUACAUAUACGGACCAGAAUUUUUAGUCAACCAUAAUAUGAUUCUGGUCACAUUGAAUUAUCGUCUUGAAGUUUUGGGUUUUCUUUGCUUGGGCAUAAAGGAAGCUCAAGGAAAUAUGGGCUUAAAAGAUCAAGUAGAAGCUCUCCGAUUGGUGAGAAAAAAUAUCAUAGCUUUUGGAGGUGAUCCCGAUAAUGUUACAAUAUUUGGUGAGAGUGCAGGUUCCGCUUCUGUGCUCUAUCAUAUAUUAUCACCGAUGUCCAAAGGUUUAUUUCAUAAAGCUAUAUUAGAAAGUGGUUCUGCCAUGUCAUUUUGGGCGACACAGUUUAACCCUAAGGAUAUAGCAUUUCACCUUGCACAACAAUUGAAAUACAACUCAACGGAUGUAUAUGAAGUUUUAGAUAUUUUCAAAAAGAAAACUGCAGUUGAGUUACUUAGCACGAGGAUUCCUAGAUCUAAUGGAGAUAUAAUACAAUCGGAAAAUAUAUUUGUCCCGUGUAUUGAGACUUCGAUUCCUGGAACUGAAACGUUUUUAACAGAUAGUCCCUAUGUUGUACUUAAUAGCGGCAAAUUUAAUAAAGUGCCCCUAAUAAUUGGAUUUAAUAACGCCGAAGGAUAUAUGUUUGUGGGAAAGGAGAAUAAAACAACUAAGGCCAUGUUUAACUUCCUUGACUCGCUACCACGAGAUUUACAAUUUCCGGAUAAUAGUGCAAGGUUAGAGACCGCAGAAAAACUAAAAAACAUAUAUUCUUCCAACGAAAAUAAUUCAGAAGUCAGUGAAGACAGCUUAGUUAAAUAUGAAGGUGAUGCUGGGAUUAGAUUUCCUGUGGUAUCCACAACGGAUUUGUUGAUAAGAAAUUCUGGGAAACCAGUAUUUUCUUACAAGUUUUCAUACAGCGGUUCAUUAAAUUUAGUAAAGAUAUUAUACGGAUUUGGUACAAGCCCUGGGGCAUCACACGGCGACGAGAUUCCUUAUUUAUUUAAAGUAGAAGGUUUUUGGCCAAUAGCAACAUUGGAGAUGAAAAUGAUUGAGAAAAUGACAACUAUGUGGAGCAAUUUUGCAAAAUAUAGUAAUCCAAUCCCAUUCACGACGGCGCUGCUACCUGUAAAGUGGGAACCGUCGAGCCCCAAGGAACCCAAGCAGUUAGUCAUUAAUACGCACCUGUCUACCGCGCCUUUAUGGGAAGAUGAGGCUUUGUUACUAUGGAAUGAAACCUACUCCAAAUACAGAAAAUUAAAUUAAUAUACACUAAUGA